AUGUUUGCCGGUGAGACUGUAAAGGGUCCAAUCUUUGCUUAUAACGACGCCGUUGUUUCGUACCUUCUCAACCGCACUUGGAUAAAGUGGAAUUUGCCAUCGUCCUCCUCACUCUCGCGCACAGCCGAUUUGGAGAGAAUUUUUGGCGCGAUCGGAAAAAUGCCCGGACUCAGGGGACCUUCCGAUUACAAGCUUGAGCCGCCGCGAAAUUCCGCUCUCGUUGUCAAUUCCAAGGAACCAUUCAAUGCGGAGCCACGCCGUGAUGAUUUGGUUUCGUCUUAUGUUACACCAGUGGAUUUCUUCUACAAGAGGAAUCAUGGACCGAUUCCAGUAGUGGAUGAUCUAGACAAAUACAGUGUUUCGAUUGCUGGACUAAUUGGAAACACCAAAGAGCUGUUUAUGAAAGAUUUCUGGAAGCUCCCGAAGUAUACUGUAACAGCUACUCUGCAGUGUGCUGGCAAUAGGAGAACAGCAAUGAGCAAGACCCGAAAGGUGAAAGGAGUUGGGUGGGAUGUUGCGGCCAUUGGAAAUGCUGUUUGGGGCGGAGCUAGACUAGCAGAUGUUCUUGAACUCAUUGGAAUCCCCAAAUGCUCUCAUGUAACGCCAUCUGGAGGAAAACAUGUGGAAUUUGUAAGCAUCGACAAAUGUAAGGAAGAGAAUGGAGGCCCCUAUAAAGCAUCUAUUCCAUUAAUUCAGGCCACAAACCCUGAGGCUGAUGUUUUGCUAGCUUAUGAAAUGAAUGGAGAGACUCUAAACAGGGAUCAUGGAUAUCCGCUGCGUGCGAUUGUCCCUGGUGUUAUUGGUGCUCGAUCUGUGAAAUGGCUUGACUCAAUCAACAUAAUUGCAGAAGAGUGCCAGGGAUUCUUCAUGCAAAAGGAUUACAAAAUGUUUCCACCUUCUGUGGAUUGGGAUAAUAUUGAUUGGUCUACAAGGCGGCCUCAAAUGGAUUUUCCUGUUCAGUCUGCAAUUUGUUCCCUGAGUGAUGUGAACAUGUUGAAACCUGGAAAGAUAAACAUCAAAGGUUAUGCCGCAUCAGGAGGUGGCCGAGGCAUAGAAAGAGUGGAUAUAUCUAUUGAUGGUGGCAAAACAUGGGUGGAAGCCUCCAAAUCACAAAAGCCCGGCAUCCCAUAUAUUUCUGAUGGUGAAAGUAGUGAUAAAUGGGCUUGGGUCCUUUUUGAGGCCCAAGCUGAAAUCUCUAACAGCACUGAGAUAGUUGUCAAAGCAGUGGAUGUAGCAGGAAAUGUCCAACCUGAAACUGUGCAGCAGAUUUGGAACUUGAGGGGCAUCCUAAACACCUCAUGGCAUCGUGUUCAUGUUCAAAUUGGGCACUCAAAUUUGUGA